UGUAACCAAAGAAUAUCGAUAUAUUGAUAUUUUGAUAAAUUAUCAACAACCCUAUUUAUUUUGCGAAGAAAAACUGCAGCGAGAAAACUUGUGAAAAGGGUUUUUUUUCGCGGCAGGUGUAAUCUAAUAGAAGCUCGUGACGAGUGCUUUUCGUUCGCAGUUUAUAGUUUUUAGCGCAAUCUUUGAAGCUAGCGCAGCGCAUUCCGGUCCCCACACAUAUUCGGCGAAAAGACGCUGCGUCUGUGUGUGUGCGUGUAGACAAUUGACUUGCGUGGUGCCGGGUUACAUAUUUUUAUUGAAUUUUUCGGAAAACGGCCCAAACAAAUGCGCUUGGACUAGCUCGGGCACGAAUCGGAGGCAUAGCACUCGAAUCUCGGAGAGAACCAACGAAAAGAAGCCAAAAUGAUGUUCACGGGGACUAACCAGCAGCAGGACACCAGGUUCAGCGACAAGGAGAAGAAGCUGAUGAAGCAGAUGAAGUUCGGUGACUGCCUGAACAAGCGGGUGGACAUGUCCAAAGUUAAGCUGGACGUGCUGCGGCCGUGGAUCAGCAAGAAGAUCACCGACAUCCUGCACAUCGAGGACGAUGUGGUGGUGGAGUUCGUCUACAACCAGCUAGAGGAGGAGAAGUAUCCCUGCCCCAAGAAGAUGCAGAUCAAUAUGACCGGCUUCCUCAACGGCCGCAAUGCCCGCCAAUUUAUGGGUGAGCUCUGGGCUCUGCUGCUCUCCGCCCAAGAGAGCGAAUCCGGCAUACCGGCGGAGUUCAUACAACAAAAAAAGGAUGAGAUUCUGAAGCGCGAGGAGGACCAGCGCCAGCGAGACAGAUCGCGAUCCAGGUCGCGUUCCCGUUCCCAACGCGACAGUUCCCGGCGCGAUCGCAAGCGUGACCGCUCUCAGGGUAGCGGCAAGUCAAAGUCACGCUCACGUUCCCGCUCCCAGAAGCCAGCCAACAACGGGGCGGUGCCCAGUGCUGCCCGCGAGGCAGCUGCCAAUGCGGCAGCCCGGAUCCGAAAGCGCGGCUCCUCCACAGGCCGCCCUCCAUCCAGAGAAAGACGUCCCAGCCGCGGCCGUCCUCACUCGCGAUCUCCUAUCCGCUCCCGCCAGAAGUCGCGCUCCCCAUCCAAGGGGUCGCCCAAAAAGUCUGGCUCCGCGGAUGCCGCCAACACCAAGACUGUCAACGGCCGGCACUCAACGGACAAGUCGCCACCGGCCAAAGGGAAGUCGGCCUCUCGCUCUCGCUCCCGCUCACGAUCCCGGUCCAGGUCUCGAUCUCGUUCUCCGCGCAGCCGUUCCCGCUCUGGAUCCCGGGCUAGUAAUAAGCGAUCACGCUCUCGCAGCUCCUCGCCGCGCAGUCGCCGCCGAGCCCGCUCCAGCAGCAUCUCGCUGUCCCCGGAGCGCCAGCAGGAUCAGUUCGAGCACCGACGCAACAAGAACAGCGUGCAGAACAAGCGCCAGUACCGCAACAAUCGCGGCGACUCAGUCAGCUCCAUGGAGCGCGGCAACGAUCGAGGCAGGCAGUUUGGCGGCGGCGGAGGUGGCGGACGCCGGGGUGGCAGACGAUUCUCACCGCGCGGCCGCAGUCCCAUGCGCCAGGACAAUGGUGGAGGCAAUCGAUUCCAACGCUCUAACUCACGGCGCCGCUCCCGGUCACGUCGCCUUUCCCGUUCGCCCAUGCGCUAUUCCCGAUCACCUAGGCGCUUCAACAAUCGCCGACGCUCACCCAUGAUGAACUUUAGAGGCGGAGGACGCGGUGGAGGCCGUGGCAUGGGCGGUCAUCGCCAGAUGUGGCAGCACCGUGGCGGCUCCCCGAACUUCCGCGGAGGCGGCCGCAUUCACUGGCAGGCUAGACACAGUCCCGGCGGUGGUGGCCGCGGAGGCGGUGGAAUGGGACGCUUCGAUCGUCGCCAGUCGCCCCAACAGAACCGCUACCACAGGCAGUCCCCUAUGCAGCACCAGCCGUUCCGUAAGCAAUUCUCGCCGCCGUCGGGCCCCGGACGUCGCUUCUCGUCCCCGCAACAGCGCCGAGGAUCCCGCGACCGUCGACCCAACUCCAGAGAAAGACGCAGCUCUCCGGGAGGCGGCGGUGGGCAUGUGAAUCGGUGGGAUAACCCGCCACCGGCUAGACACCGACGCUCCACGUCGGAGAGCUCCGGCGAGGGAGGAGGCAGACGCCCACAGCAACUGCACCGGCAGCGCAGUUCCAGCCCACAGGAGAGACGUGGACGGAGUCGCAGUCGCAGCCACAGCCGGCAGAGAAGUAAUGAGAGGAGCCGUAGUCGUUCUAGCCCGCGUCGCAGUCGCAAGCGGGAUAGUCCAAUUGAACGAUCCUCGGUGGAGUUCACCGGCCCGGCAGUCAACACCAUCGAUCUGUGCCGGGAGGAACAACGCAAAGCCAAGCCAGUAGAAACAGUCAUUGUGUCGGACCAGGACGAGGCCAAGCAGAGCGCCUUCGCCAGCCUGUCACGAACUCCUUCUCCGUUCCUUAAGCCCCACGAGCGCCUUGCGGCCAAAGCGGCACCAAAGAAAUCACGCGACCAGAGCCAGAGCAGUAGCUCGGACAGCAGCGCGGAUAGCGACGACAGCGAUGACCAGCCGCGUCGAAAGAAGCCCGCCGAUGCUGCCAAGGGAAAGGCAAAGAGCAAGGCGCGGCGCAGCUCCGAAAGCUCCAGCAGCAGCGACCAGAGCGACGACGAGGACAACUCCAGUGCAGACGAUCGCUUGAAGAAAAAGAAACAACAGCUGCAAAAGGAAAAGGAGAAGGAAGCUGCCGCCCUUAAGGAGAAGGAACGUGAGAAGGAAAAGGAAAAGGAGAAAGACAAGCGACGUUCGGACAAGAAGGGCAAACGUGUCACUACAUCCAGCGGGGACGAGGAGUCCAUGGGCGGGCGCAGCAGCAGCCGCAAGCGCAGCCAUAAGAAAUCUCGGCGGGAGGAUGACGACGAAGGUGGCAUUGUGGCAGAAGACAACAGCGAUUCCGAGGACGAGCCCGUCUCCAAGAAGAAGCGCAAGAAGACAAGGAAGGCGCCCGACUCCAGCGACAGUGACUCCGAUGCCUCAUCCAAGCGCAAGAAGCAUAAGAAGCACAAGAAACACAGCAAGAGGAGCAAGAAGCACAAGAAACACAAGCGGAAGAGCAGCGCCGGCAAGUCGCGAGCGGACAGCAGCUCCGGGGGCAGCAGCGACGAGGAUGAUCAGCAGCUAGGAUCGGCAACCAAACGAAACGGGAACGGCAAACUGCCGCUCAUCCUGCCUGGCGGUACGGGGCCGGGAGUCAUUAACGAAGACCUGGAGAAGCAGCUGCGGGAGCGAGCCCUCAAAUCCAUGAAGAAGCUGGACUGAACGACCGACUAGACUAUGUGCGAUUGAUGAUUGAUUGCCCAGACACACACACUAAACACACUGACACACACACACACAUACUAGACCAUCAUACAUCAAGCAUCAACCAUCAAGACUCCAACCACUCGCCUCCACAGACAGACGUACGUAGCCAUUAAAAUAUUAUACAUUAAAACCAAGUAAACAUUCAUUAACUGCAUACAUUGUAUUUCUUAAAUGUAUUUCACCUACCGUUUAAGUUCUUUUGCCUAAAAAACAAACCACAGUAGCGACUAAAUUAGCGAGCCAACAUUAAGCGAAGGAUACAGAUUGCAUUAUGUACAAAAAGAAUGGAAAGAAUACCCCCAGAUAUACCCCCAGACUAUUUAGCCCUCCCCCAGUGGUUUUAAAUACAUUAAUUAAUUCCCAAAAACCGACGAAUCGAAAUUCAAUACACUUCAAAUCGUACAUCCGUUUGGCAAAAUGUAUUGUUGCCGCAGUUUAAUUUAUAAGUAGGUUUUACAGAAUGUAAUUAACGAUGCCCGGAACGCAUUUUGUGUGUUUUGAGGAGCAUUAACUAAAUGAGAAAAUAAACAAUUGUAAAAUUA